AUGGAGUCCCUGCGCGCCAAGGACGCCUACCUGCAGAGCCUGGCCCAGAGGAUCUGCGCCCGGCCCAGCGCCGAGCCGCCGCGGCGCACAUGGGCUGGCAAAACCAAAGACUCAGAAGCAGCUGGGCCCUCCAGAAAGAAAAGGAAGAAAACACAGAAGAAAAGCCGGGAGCAGAAAGAGAAGGCUGUGGAACAGGAGGCCAAGCCCCUGGGGAAGAAAUCUCCGGCAGCUUCAAGGGCCAAGAAGCCAGCGGCAGCCCAAGAGGAGGGCGCUAGCUCCACGGGGGCCUCUGCAGGACGCCAGACCACAGAGUCCGAGUCGGUCUUUGCCUUGGAUGUUCUGCGGCAGCGGCUACAGGAGAAGAUCCAGGAGGCCCGGGGCCAGGGCAGCACCAAGGAGCUGACCCCUGUGGCUCUGGAGAAGAGGCGCCGGAGGAAGCAGGAGCGGGAACGGAAGAAGAGGAAGCGCAAGGACCUGAGAGCCAAGGAGAAGGCAGCCCAGGCUGGAAAGGCCGUGGAGAGCUCUGAGCCGGCCCCCGAGGCGUCCCACCUGGAGCCGCAGGCACAGACAGGGCUGAUCUUCAACAAGGUGGAGGUGGGCGAGGAGGAACUGGCUGACAGCCAGGCACAGCGGAGGAAGAAGAGGCAGCAGGUAAAGGGCAACCUAACGCCGCUGACAGGCAGGAACUACCGGCAGCUGUUAGAGCGGCUGCAGGCGCGGCAAACGAGGCUGGAGGAGCUGCGGGAGCGUGAUGCGGGACAGGCGCGGGAGCUGGAGGCCAAGAUGCAGUGGACCAACCUGCUGUACAAGGCAGAGGGCGUGAAGAUCCGUGACAGCGAGCCUCGGCUGCAGGAAGCCCUCAAACGCAAGGAGAAGCGGCGGGCGCAGCGGGCGCGGGCCUGGGAGAAGCGCACGGUUCAUGUUGUGGAGAAGAUGCAGCAGCGGCAGGACAAGCGGCGGCAGAACCUGCGCAGGAAGAAGGUGGCCAAGGCGGAGCGGCGCAUGGAGAAGGCUCGCAAGAAGGGCCGGAUCCUGCCACAGGACCUGGAGCGAGCUGGCCUGGCCUGA